UCAAUAGCGGAAUAGCCCGUGCAUGAUAUUUUUCUUUCUCAAUACUUGUUGAAGUGGUGAACCAAACAGUUAGAGGUUGGAUAGAAUUUCAAUUAGAAAAUUACAAUUGACAACAGUAUCCUCCUCAUUUUUGGGUUAAACAGAGAAAUUGCAGCAGCAGGCAGCUAUAAUGAAGACAGAAACCUCUACUAUUGUUCCCUCAAGUGCUUUGGAUUAUCAAUUGCGAUCUUCCAAAGAUCAAGAGAAGAAUUUUGCAUCUGGCAUUAUCAUGGAAGAAAAUCCAUUGAAUUUGCUGCAAUCCCUAUAUGAUGGUGCUAUAGCUGGAGCUGUUGCAGGUGGUGUGGUUGAAGCAGCCUUAUAUCCGAUAGAUACAGUUAAAACUCGGCUGCAGGCAGCUCAUGGUGGUGGAAAAAUCAUUUUAAAAGGCCUCUACUCCGGAUUGUUUGGAAAUUUGGUUGGUGUUUUACCGGCUUCUGCGAUAUUUUUGGGUGUGUACGAGCCAGUAAAGCAGAAAUUGUUAAAGGCUAUUCCUGAGAACCUCAGUUCUCUGGCUCAUCUUUCUGCAGGUGCCAUUGCAGGAGCUGCCUCUUCUAUUGUCAGAGUCCCAACGGAGGUUGUAAAACAAAGGAUGCAGACGGGUCAAUUUGCAACAGCCCCUAAUGCCGUGCGUAUGAUUGUUUCUAAAGAGGGCUUCAGAGGACUUUAUGCGGGUUAUGGAUCUUUUCUACUUCGCGAUUUGCCUUUCGAUGCCAUCCAAUUUUGUAUCUAUGAGCAAAUAAGGAUUGGUUAUAAACUAGCAGCUAAGAGGGAAUUAAAUGACCCUGAAAAUGCUUUGAUUGGUGCUUUUGCAGGAGCUAUAACAGGAGCUAUAACGACCCCUCUUGAUGUGAUCAAGACACGACUGAUGAUUCAGGGGUCGUCACAGCAGUACAAGGGUAUAUAUGACUGUGUGAGGACCAUACUGAGAGAAGAAGGAGGGCAUGUCUUUAUGAAGGGCAUUGGACCAAGAGUUUUAUGGAUUGGAAUUGGAGGCUCGAUAUUUUUUGGUGUCUUGGAGAAGACAAAACAGGUUUUAUCCCAAGGCCAACCCAAUAAUUGAUCAGCUAAAUUGCAAAUGAGCGUCCCUCUCUCUCUCUUUCUCUUCUUUUUUUUUUCUUUUUCUUCUUUUAUUUACUUAAUUUUGGAAAUUUGUUUCUCUUUGUGAACAUCACAUUGGAAUUUACAAAUUCUUAUUUUCUAGUGAAUUUCAUCUAGCUGGUAGUCUUAGGAAUUGUAUCAUGACUUGAGAUCAAAGCUUGUUCAAUUCGCACUUCAUAGCAUUUUAUAAAAUAAAAUCAUUACAUGCA